AGAGGAGAGAGCGUGUCACAUUCCUUUGGCUGAAUCACAAUUUUGCUGAUCGUGCAAUUGAACUAUUCUUUUAUCCAAGUGAUGGCAUAUUACAAUGAAAAACCAACAUAUGGCAACUAUAGUGAACCUCCACAACCUUAUUAUCAACAACAGCAAGACCCUUAUGGAUAUCCUCCCAACAGCGGUUAUCCACAACCUCCUCCUAACGUCGUUUAUGUUCAGGACCCCAACUAUCAACAGCAACAAUCUCCUAUGAAUCAAGGAGGGGGAGAUGACGCUCAAACUUGUCUUACCUGUUGUGCUGCUUGUUGUGCUGCUUUGGCCUGUGCAGAACUGUGUAGUUGCUUACUGUAGCGCAACUAUGUGGUUUUCCUGGUAACGAAAAUAUCUUGUGGGAAUACGAUGGCGAGUGAAUAGUACACUGAUUCUCAUAAAUUGUUUUGAAACAUUUGUUUGGAGGAGUCAAAAGUGUCUUUUAUUU